GGUUUUAAGCUGAGAAUUUGCAUUAUUUUUUUUUAAACAAAUACGUAUCAAAGCAACUUGCAUAAGUUACGUAAAUUGUAUUUUGUGCCUGCAAUAUUUUAAAUAAAUAUAUCGCAAAUCGAAAACAAAAAUUUAUAGAUACAAGUUAAAGGUAAAAUGAAGUUCGUGGUAUUUUAUUCUAUAAUAUGUAUAUUAGAGUUUACAAAACUGAAUUAUGCACGUAAUUGUUCUAUUGGAUGGUUAGAGCAUAAAAACUAUUGCUACUUUUUUCAUAAUGUAUCUGCGGGUCUACAAGGGAAAAAUUGGACUGAUGCUCAUAUGACAUGUCAACGUUAUACUGGAAAUUUGCUAAGUGUAACAGAUUCAGAAGAAAAUGCAUUUGUUGUAAAACAACUUAACAAUGAUAAAAAUUGCUACUGGAUUGGUUUAAAUGAUAUUCAGAAUAAUGGUACUUAUGAGUGGUCAGAUAAUGCAAGUUUGCUAUUCUUCAACUGGAAAGUUAAUUCACCAAACAAUCAAAAUAACAUGGACUGCGUGGAAGCAACAUCAGAGGGUUGGAGUAAUAAUUUUUGCAAUCUUUCUUUAGGAUUUAUUUGCAAAGUUAUAAUUGCACUUAAUGAGCAACAAAAUUCGUGCGUUGGAGAAAUAAAUUCAAUUGAAACAAUCAAUCCACAAUAUAAAAUCUCUACAAGCACUAGAUAUAUUUAUGAUGUUGCGCUUCAAAAUACCAUGGAAGGAUUUUUCUGUGUUGAAGCACUUAAUCGAGCAAGUGGCAAAGUUUCUUUUCAACCUGCAACAUAUUUGAAGUACUACCUGUGGGCUCCAUACAUGCAAUUAAAAAUAGGACGUCCAAAUACCACGUGUUUUUAUUCAUCUUUAUAUGAAAAUUGGGCUUCUUUUACUAUUCUUAAAAAUUUAUUUUAUCCAGGCUAUGUUUCGUUUCUAGUAACAAAUAACAUGACAGAUUAUUUUUUAAGAAAUGAUAACAAUACCUCUAUAAUUUUGGAACCACUAAAGAAUCUUGAUUUAUACAGAACUGACGCAAGUUUUAGACUUGUGAAGAUUGGAGUUUGUACUUAUACAUCAUGGAGUAAUUGGAGUGAAUGUUCUGCGACAUGUCACAUGAGUUAUUGUGAAAAUCCAGUAAAAACUCGUAAAAGAUUUUGCCAAGCAGGUGCAUUAAGUAGAGAUGUUUAUGACUUUCAAAUUUGCAGUUUCAAAGUUCCUUGUCCAGGAUAUUUAACACAAUGGAGUUCAUGGCGAACUUGCUCUAGCACUUGUAAAACUGUAAAGAAUAGUCAAUACCAAUCGAGAACACGAUCUUGUUUAGAUUUAUAUUCAAACAAAUUAAACAAUUUUGGUUGUAAUAAUAGCAAAAUAUAUGAAUGGCAACUUUGUAAUCAAAAUGUUUCCUGUCCAGAAUUUUUAACUCUAUGGAAUACAUGGGGAGCAUGUUCUGCAUCUUGUAAAAGUUCAGUGAAUGGCCCAUACCAACAUAGAAACAGAUCUUGUCUCGAUUAUUAUACAAAUAGCCCAAUUUAUUAUGGUUGUUCCAAUAGCAGUUUAAAUGAGCAGCAACUUUGCUAUCAAAAUGUUUCAUGUCCAGCUUUUUGUUUGGAAGAGACAAUAGGAGAUAAUGACCAUACAGGUGUAUAUACAUGGCCAAAAACUACAGUUAACCAGUCAGUAAUAAAACCUUGUCUGUACAAUACAAGUGCUAAACUAACAAGACAAUGUAUUUGGAAUGCUGUUUUUGCUAAACCUGAGUGGAAACCUGAUAAUCAUUCAUUUUUGAAUCUUUGUUCUUUAAAUUCUAAUACAGCAUGGCAAUCACAACAACUUAUUGCUUUGGAAAAUGCAAUUGUUACAAAAGAAAAUGUUGUGAACACAACAGAUAAAUUGAAUAUUAUUAUACUAAAUGGAAGUCUUACAGAAACAUCUGAAAUUUUGCGGAUUUCGAAUAUUCUCAAAAAUGUUAUUAAUGUUAAUUUUUUCUCAAAUUUGGUUAUAAAUGGUAUCUUAUUGGCUGUAGACAAUUUAUUAAGUUUGAAUAGAAAUUUAAUUAAAGAAGCAAAUCAAAAACUUAAUACAUCGGCAUUAUUUUUAUCUCAACUUAAUGUUUUGGCUGAGCAGCAAACCUCAAAUAUUACUAAAGCGAUGAAAAAUAUUGGUUUUACAUCAUAUACUUCUUCAGUAAAUAGUAAACCUAUAUAUAUUUAUUCUCUUGAAAUGGAAGGUAAUAUAAGUGUAAGUAUAUCAAGGGAUCAUCCUAGAGAUGAAUAUACAAACUUAAAUGACUACAUAAUUCUCCCUUCACAACUUUUCAGUGAACUAAGUAAAAUCAAAGUUUAUUCUUACAUAUUUCGUGACAAUACAUUUUUUGAAGAAAGAAACAGAAAAAUAGAUAGUGUGAUACUUUCAGCAACUAUAAGUGAUGUUUAUGUGAAAAACUCCAAUUAUCCAAUAAAAAUGAAGUUUUCUAGUCAAAAAAGUAUUUUUGGCAACAAAUCCUGUUACUUCUACAAUGUUGAAAAACAAACUUGGUCAUCUGAGGGAUGUAAUACCACUAACUCAACAUCAUCAAAAACCUAUUGUCAGUGUAAUCAUCUUACAAAUUUUGCGCUGAUGUUAGAUGUUUAUCAGUCAGGAAACAACCCUGUUAUUCUUAGCAUUCUUUCACGAAUUGGUUGUAUAAUAUCGAUUGCUGGAUUAUUUAUUACAAUUAUAUGCUAUGCAGCUGUUCCAAAAUUACGAGAGAAACGCGCUCCAAAAAUACUGAUAAUUCUAUGCAUAAAUCUGAUGUCUACCCUUUUUUUAUUUGUUGCUUUUGUGGAACGAACCAACUCUCCUGAUUUGUGCAAGAUUGUUGCUUCAAUGUUGCAGUUUUUUAUUUUGUCAACAUUCUUCUGGAUGGCAGUUGAAGGUUUCAAUUUAUAUAGAAUGUUUGUAAUAGUGUUUAGCAAUUCAACCAAUUCACGUUAUUUUUUAUUGAAGUGUUCUUUAUUUGCAUGUGGCAUACCUCUAAUAUUUACUAUAGCAACUGCUGCUAGUAAAACCUAUUACCUUAAAAAUCAAACUGAAGUCAAUCCCAAAAUAUGCAUGCAUCAUGGUACUCUAUUUUAUAUUGGCAUAUUUAUACCUGUUGCAGUUGUAAUGGCUGGCAAUAUUUUAGUUCUAACGUCUGUUCUCAGAAGUAUUACAAGGAAAUCUGUUCUACAUAGCAGGUGCGACUGUAAAAAAAAUGUUCGAAGUGCAUUUGUUUGCUCUCUAUUACUUGGUACAACUUGGAUAUUUGCAGUGUUUGCUUACAAAGAUGCGCGAGAUGUAUUUCAAUGGUUGUUUUGUAUUUUUAACUCGUUGCAAGGCUUUUUUAUAUUAUAUGCCUACACUUUACAAAAUAAGCAGGUUAAAGACUAUUGGGUGUCGUUUAUUCGCAAAAAAUGGAUAUUUAAGAAAAAAGAUUCUAGUUUUUCACAGAAACAAUGUUAUGGCAUUCCCUUCGAAAUGAGGAAGAGUUCAAGUGAAGAAGUCAGUUAAACUUUUUUUUACUUUUGCUCAGUUUUUGUGAAAAAAAUUAUUAUGUUUUUUAAAAGUCAAUUGUAAUAAUAGUAAUGUAAUUUUUUUUUUUUUUUAUGUUUUCAAAAUAUUUUACACUUUUUUUUACAUGCUAGAAACCAAACAAAUAGGCUAGUACUAGUUUUCUUCUUAUUU